AACCACAAUUCACAUAAUAAGUACUACAGUAGUACCUCUUCCCUUCUAACAACCCUCUCUUUCUUUUCUCAAAAAAAAAAAAGAUGACGGCUUCUACACUUCCGGUUUUGGCCAAUGGUACUAAAUUAGGGGGUCGAACCUUAAUUGUUGGUUCAACCGGGUUCAUUGGUCGGUUCAUUGCAGAGGCUUGCUUAGAAUCCGGUCGCCCCACUUACGUACUAGUUCGGUCCGGUUCAUCUGCUUUUUCAACCAAGACUCAAAUUAUACACACCCUUCAAAAUAAGGGUGCCACCAUUAUUAUCGGAACCAUAACAGAUGAGAAAUGGAUGAUAAAGAUAUUGGAGGACUAUAAGAUAGAAGUCGUCAUUUCUGCUGUUGGAGGAGAAAGCAUUUUAGACCAAUUUCAUCUCAUUCAUGCUCUUAAAGCUGUUGGAACUGUCAAGAGGUUCCUGCCUUCAGAAUUUGGGCACGACAUAGAAAGAGCAGAUCCAGUAGAACCAGGACUAAAAAUGUAUAAAGAAAAAAGAGAGGUAAGAAGAGCAAUAGAAGAAGCUGGGAUCCCCUACACCUAUAUUUGUUGCAAUUCUAUUGCAGCUUGGCCUUAUCAUGACAAUACUCAUCCUGCUGAUGUUCUUCCUCCUCUCGAUCGCUUUCACAUCUAUGGCGAUGGCAACGUCAAAGCAUACUUUGUGGCGGGUACUGAUAUUGGACGACUAACAAUCAAAGUCAUCAAUGAUCACCGGACUAUCAACAAAUCAGUUCAUUUCCGACCAACUAACAAUCUUUUGAGCAUAAACGAGCUUGCUUCUUUGUGGGAGAAAAAAAUUAAUCGAAAUCUUCCUCGUGUUACUAUAACAGAACAAGACCUUCUCAAUGCGGCCAAUGAAAUGCGAAUUCCUGAGAGUAUUGUGGCUGCAUUUACCCAUGACAUAUUCAUCCAAGGUUGCCAAGUUAACUUCGCAUUGGAUAAAGCAACUGAUGUGGAAGCAACAUCUCUGUAUCCCGAUACAACAUUUCGAUCCAUCGAUGAGUGCUUCGACGAUUUCGUAUCGAUGAUAAUCGAGGGUCACGUAAUGCCUGAAAGAAAUGUUGGUGAUGGAAUGAAACUAAAUAGGUCCGAGGCUUAUGCUAUCACCUUAUCAGCUGCUUAACCAUGUUUAAUGUAAUGUAGGAUCAUCAGUAUAGUAAUUAUGCUCAAAUUGCAUGAUUAUCUUUUGUGGUGGAAUAAAUUUUAGGAGUUUUAUAAGUACAGUAAGCCUAUUCAAAGUUUUAAUUGAUUCAUCAUUAAAAAGAAAAAAAGAAAAAUGGAGUGCAAUAAAGGGAUAUUAGAAGGUUAGGAAAUUGUUGUGUUGCAACAACUUUUUAGUAUUGAACUUUUGGUUGUCGUAAAAUUGUACUAGUAUAUUUGUCUUUAAUUUUCCUCAUUAACUAGUUUUUUAAUGCAAAUUUAUUAGUAGUAUUACAAUAAUAAAUAAAUUUUAGUUCAAUUUUUAUCAA